AUGAACCGGCAGCUAGUGAACAUUUUGACAGCCUUGUUUGCAUUUUUCUUAGAGACAAACCACUUCAGGGCAGCUUUCUGCAAAGACCAUGACUCCAGGUCUGGAAAACAACCUUCGCAGACCCUAUCUCCUUCAGAUUUCUUGGACAAAUUAAUGGGAAGGACAUCAGGAUAUGACGCAAGAAUCAGGCCAAAUUUUAAAGGUCCUCCAGUAAACGUUACUUGCAAUAUUUUUAUCAACAGUUUUGGAUCAGUCACAGAAACCACCAUGGACUACCGAGUGAAUAUUUUUCUGAGACAACAGUGGAAUGAUUCACGGCUGGCUUAUAGCGAGUACCCUGAUGAUUCUCUGGACUUAGACCCAUCGAUGCUGGACUCCAUUUGGAAACCAGAUUUGUUCUUUGCCAAUGAGAAGGGGGCCAACUUCCAUGAUGUCACCACCGACAACAAGUUGCUUCGCAUUUCAAAAAAUGGCAAAGUGCUCUACAGUAUCAGGCUCACCUUGACCUUAUCCUGUCCCAUGGACUUGAAGAAUUUUCCAAUGGAUGUCCAGACGUGUACAAUGCAGCUGGAGAGUUUUGGGUACACGAUGAAUGACCUGAUAUUUGAGUGGUUAAGUGAUGGUCCAGUUCAAGUUGCUGAAGGACUGACCCUGCCUCAGUUCAUUUUGAAAGAAGAGAAGGAGCUCGGCUACUGCACAAAGCACUACAACACUGGAAAGUUUACCUGCAUCGAGGUUAAGUUUCACCUGGAACGCCAGAUGGGCUAUUACUUGAUCCAGAUGUACAUCCCCAGUCUGUUGAUAGUCAUUUUGUCCUGGGUCUCUUUUUGGAUAAACAUGGAUGCAGCCCCUGCCAGAGUUGCACUGGGCAUCACGACAGUCUUAACGAUGACCACCCAGAGUUCAGGCUCCAGGGCAUCUCUGCCAAAGGUCUCCUACGUAAAAGCGAUUGACAUCUGGAUGGCAGUGUGCCUUCUGUUUGUGUUUGCAGCCUUACUGGAAUAUGCAGCAGUGAACUUUGUCUCCAGGCAGCACAAGGAGUUUCUGCGGCUCCGGAGAAGGCAGAAGAGGCAGAAUAAGGAAGAAGAUGUUACUCGUGAAAGUCGUUUUAAUUUCAGUGGUUACGGGAUGGGUCACUGCCUUCAAGUGAAAGAUGGAACAGCUGUCAAGGCCACACCUGCCAGCCAGCUCCCACAGCCCCCCAAAGAUGCAGAUGCCAUCAAGAAGAAGUUUGUGGACCGGGCAAAAAGGAUUGACACGAUUUCUCGAGCUGCCUUCCCAUUGGCCUUCCUCAUUUUCAACAUCUUUUACUGGAUCACAUACAAGAUCAUUCGGCAUGAAGAUGUCCACAAGAAAUAG